GGGCGUUUCGCGCAUGCGCACUAUUCCCUCUCCUUUUUUUCCAGGCCAGUGCGGCAGGCGGACCGCAGGGAGAGGGAGAGAUUUUAGGAAGGACAGUUAACAAAAGUUGAAGAAGCGGAAGAAAUCAUGACACCAAACGGUCAGCUCAUCGAUCGCCUCUCCUCGCCAUUCAGCGUGACAUCCCUCAUCAUGGCGCUCGUGUCACACAUGAGAUAUUGAUUUUUGGCAUCGACACCAACUUGAGGAUAAUAUGCCGGGAAACGGAUGAGAACUAACGUUACCGCAGUCGCCUGGAUUUGCUUUUUGGAUAUUGAAUCCUGUGCUCGGGGGUUCGUUUUUCCACUCGUGUAGCCUAAUUAGUGUUUGAGAGGAGAGUUACCGGAUCCGUUAUUUUCCAGAUCAUAUUUGAGCAUGGGAAUGUCGUCUCUGAGCUCAUAGUCCCGCGGGAAAUGAUGCAGCCGCGCGUGGACGUCAAGAUGGGAGAUGCCGCAGAGAUCAAGGAGAGCAGGAGGACCUUCAUCGUGCCCUCCAUCAAAUCUAUGGAUCACUAUGACUUCAGCAGGGCCAAGAUAUCCUGCAGUUUGACGUGGCUCAUCGCCAAAGCCUUUGGAUCUGACUGUGUGCCAGUGGAGUUGGAGGACCCUUUUUACCGGGACCAGUAUGAUCAGGAGCAUGUGAAGCCUCCUGUUGUGUCUCUGCUUCUUUCUGCUGAGUUGUAUUGUCGUGCGGGGAGUCUGAUUCUCAGGAGCGACGCAGCUAAACCUCUUUUGGGUCAUAACGCCGUCAUCCAGGCCCUCGCUCAGAAAGCCCUGUAUGUCACUGACCAGGAGAGACUCGUGACUGAGAGAGACCUCUGCAAGACCCCUAUACAGAUGAGCUCUCACCUGGCAAUGAUUGACACGUUAAUGAUGGCCUACACGGUUGAAAUGGUCAGCGUAGAGCGAGUUCUAAGCUGCAUCCAGAAAUUCACUCCUUUCCUUCCUGAGGAAGACUUUCCUUAUGAUGCUGAAGAGGCUGUGACAACAUGGAUCAACAAGGUAAAUGAACAUCUGAGAGAGAUUUUGGCCUUGGAAAAGAAUGCUAAAGGUGCAGACGAACCCUCCACUCUUCAAAAGGGGCGUUACAGAAGGGACGAAUCUAAAGCUCAUCCAGCACUUUGUGUCCCCCUAGUGGACAGUCUUUUGAAGGACAACACAGACGGCUGUGCUCUGGCUCUGCUGCUGCACUUUUACUGUCCUGAUGCUGUGCCACUGGAAGAUGUCUGCGUCAAAGAAACGAUGUCAUUGGCUGACAGCCUGUACAAUCUCCAGCUGAUCCAGGAGUUCUGCAGAGAAAACCUCAACAACUGCUGUCACUUCACCCUGGAGGACAUGCUCUACGCCUCCAGCACCAUCAAGAGCAACUACCUUGUGUUUAUGGCAGAGCUGUUCUGGUGGUGUGAAGUUGUAAAACCGUCUUUUGUUCAGCCCCGCACUGUUAAUACCAAAGCUUCUGACUCAUCCCAGUCCAGUAAAAUGGCUCCCAUAACCAAACAGAACCUAAUCCACAGACCAGGCAGUCCUGAGCAAUCUAGGUCGCAACCUAACAAUGAUAGCUCAGCAGUUAUCAGGCGGUCGUCCUCCAUGUCAUAUGUGGAUGGAUGUGUAGGGACAUGGCCUAAAGAGAAACGGUCUUCAGCUCAUGGAAUAUCGUUUGAGAUUCCUCUUGAUGAUAGGACGAGUUCAUCUUCAGGACGUGGACUGAGCCGGUCAGUAAGCACAGAAGGUUUGGGUUUUAAAGUUCACCAUGCGGCCAGAGGUAUGCGGAGAAACCUUUCAUUCCAGCCGGUUAAUGGAAAUGCUCACAGCAAAAUACACGAGGAGGAUGGCGAAGACUCCAACAGACCGAUCAGCAGGCAUCGUCUGGGGACCUACACUGGGUAUACAAACGGUGUAUCGACAGGUAACCCAAGUCCUCCGUAUGAUGCUCAGCCCAGCACUCCUAGUAUAGAAGAAGCCCUGAAGAUCAUCCAUGACUCUGAGCGACCCCAGAGCAGCUUGCCGCCACCAUCUGGGGACAGCGCCUUUUUCUUGCACAACCCAUCUUCCUCUAACUCUGCCUCUGACCCCAAUGAACCAGAGGACUCACUUAACAAGGCCAGAGCAGAUGAUGCUGACCUGAAUUCCACGUCUACUGACAUGGACACUGGAAUCCACGUACGUACAGAGGACAUUCAGGAUGGACAGGAUGAGGAUUCGUCCUUGAAGGACUACUCAGACAUGGACCAAGACUAUGAGGCUCGUUCCUGUCCACUUCCAGACACGUCCGGCAGUCCGUGCCCAAGUCUUUUAGGAACAAGAUCUUUGGCAACCAGCAUGGCCUCCUCAUUGGGCUCAGCGAUACGCAUGACCAGCUUUGCCGAACAGAAGUUUCGCAAACUAAACCACGGCGAUGGCCGCAGCAGUGGCAGUGGUGGAAACACACCUGAAACUGCUGAACUGAACGCCACAACUCCAGGAGCAUACGGGACAGUUCGGUCAGUUACUCCUGACACACAUAGUCCUGCUCGAAUCACAUCCCCUCGUGAUCCUUCACACCUUCUGGCAUCCGAAAUGGUGCAGUUAAAGAUGAAGCUGGAGGAGAAACGCAGAGCCAUCGAGGCCCAAAAAAAGAAAGUGGAAGCUGCUUUUACGCGUCACCGUCAGCGAAUGGGCAGAACCGCCUUCCUCAAUGUGGUCAGACGUAAAGGAGUCGUUUCGCCACUUGGGGGCAGCAGUGAAGGCCCGGAUGGUCGAGAAAAGACAACCAAUGAUCCAGAACCCCAAAAGUCACCCUUAACUUUAAACGAUUCCAAUGCUAGGCUUGAGAGAUGCCGACCAGAUGGCGCUCCACCAAAAUCUCCUCUGGAGGAUGCAGGAGUAGAGGUGGACCUGACAGAGUACACUCGGUCAAUCGAACGCUUGAACACGUCUCUGGGCUUCCUGCAGUCGGAGAUGCAGCGGUUGGCACAACAGCAGGAGCGAAUCAUGCAGAUGCGUGAACACCAGAGUUGGGUGAUUUCACCACCAGAUCCUUCACCGCGGAAACAAUUUCGUGAACUGCGCAGUAGCAGUGUAGUUGGCCGAGGUUCGGUGGGAUCUCUCUCUCCUAUUUUAUCAUCCACCGGCUCUCCGCGCACUACACACCGCUCACCUUCUACAAUCAAAAGGAAAUCAGCAUCUUUUCAUGCAAGGACACCACGAACGCCAAGACCCAACGACCUUAAGGUCACUUCCUUCAGCCGCAUGCUUAACACGCCGCAGUCAGUGGACAGCCUUCCUCGACUUAGACGUGUCUUACCAAGUCAGCCGCAAAUCAGUUCAUUCGCCUAUUUGGGAUCUGAUGAAAGAGCUUUAAGUAAAGAGCAAAGCGAUAAAGAAAAGCCAUGUAAACCUGAAUCCAAAGACACAGCUGCAGAUCAGAUGAGUGAAAAACAGAAAGAGGAAAAAAGAGGUACUGGAGAGAGUGACAAACUCACAAAAGCAUUGACAUCUGAGGUCACGGCCAGUGGGAACACAAAUGAAGAAGAGUCUGAGGAGAGUAAGGAUUUGAUUGAGGUUCCUCUCUCGGUUCUGAAGCCUCUGGAUGGACAUGAGUUGGAGAGCAGCAGGGAAACAGAGACUGGACUAGGAUCCAAACCAGAUCAGAAGAUGUGCUGUGGGUUCUUCUACAGGGAUGACCUGCAGGGAGAGGAGGACAUUGCACAGAAGAAAGCAGCUCUGAUGGAGAAGAGGCUGCGGAGGGAGAAGGAGAUGCAGAUCAAGAAACAGCAACAGGAGGCUGAGAUAGAACAGAAGAAAGAAGCUGCACGAAUGAAAGUGGAAGAGGAACGUCAGAAGAAGGAGGACGAGAAGGCGAGACGGGAGUACAUAAAACAUGAGCAUAUGAGGAGGAAGCAGCUAAAACUGAUGGAGGACAUGGACAGUGUCAUUAAGCCCAGUCCUUCUGGAGCCAAGCAGAAGAAGCCACGGCCCAAAUCUAUGCAUAGAGACAUCAUGGAGUCUCCAAAACCUCCAGCACGGACAGCCACAGGGUCACGUCCUCGUGGAUAUUCUGUGUCCAGCAUAUCACUCGCCUCCCUGAACUUAGCAGACAAUGAGAGCAUCCAAUCAGAUAAGAGAACAUCCAGAGGCAGCAGACUGUCUCCUGGUAGUCUGUGUUUCUUUCUGAGCUCUCCUAAAGGGAGAAAGGGAAGGCCGGAGUCUGCAGAGGGCUUUCUGUCACCCUGUCCUUCUGUUAGUGGAAACGGGGAAAACUGGGAGCUGGAAUCAACAUCAUCCGCAGCAUCUAACACAGAAUACACAGGGCCAAAGUUGUACAAGGAGCCCAGUGCGAAAUCAAAUAAAUACAUUAUCCAGAACGCACUGGCGCACUGCUGCCUUGCGGGCCGCGUCAACGAGGGACAGAAGAACAAGAUCCUGGAGGAAAUGGAGAAAACCGAAGCCAACAACUUCCUGAUUUUGUUUCGAGACACUGGCUGCCAGUUUCGCUCUCUGUACACCUACUAUCCUGAAGCGGAGGAGAUGAACAAGCUGGCUGGCAUCGGGCCCAAGACCAUCACACCCAAAAUGAUCGAAAACCUCUACAAAUACAGCUCGGAUAAGAAGCAGUUCAGCAAAAUCCCCGCCAAGACCAUGUCGGCGAGUGUGGACGCCAUCACCAUCUAUAGCCACCUCUGGCAGAACAAGAAACAAAACACAGCCAAAAAACUCCUCAAAUAACACUUCUCUUAUAACGCACAUCCUGAAUGUAAAGAGAGAAAAUAGACUUCUGCAGGCUUUCCUGGAUGUUCAUUUGUGUUCUUCAACACACACUUGUCCCUUGUGUGUGUGUGCGCGUGCGUGCGUGCGUGCGUGCGUGUGUGUGUGUGUAUGCAGCACUGACGGAUGCGCUUUUUUUACGUGGUUUUAAUUUUAUGUGUUCAAUUUUGUGGCCUUAUGCUUGUCUUGUUGUGUCUUUUAUGCAAUGCUUACAUUUACUGAGUUCAUGAGCAAGCCAUUGCAUUGUUUGACGAUCAAUCUGCUUCAUAUUUGUUCGCAGAAAUGCAGGAGUAAAGGAAUAUUUAGGGACUCGCUACACUUGAAGAAGGUCUUGAAUGCAUUUAAUGUACUGGAAACAUCACAAAUGAACUCUC